UUUUUUUGCUUUUCCCACUCAUUAUUUAGAUAAGUUCUCUCAAAAAACAGGAUCAAAAACUUCCCAAAUUUGAAUUUAAAUUUAAAAUAAAUUAAUUCCCGGCACUCAAAAUGAAGUUCUACCCUGAUGCGGACGUCUGGUUCUUCGUGGACAAGCCCAGUUGUAUGACCAGCUACCAAAAGUAUCCGCCGAAGCACAGCUGGAAGAUUCAUGACAAGACCAUCGCGCGGGAGAUGUACUACUGGCGUGACAUCGAGGGUGUGAAGAAGACGGAGAUCAAGCUGAAGGACCUGUACUUCACCAACUGGCCCAAGAGUCGCAUUCGACCCCAGGCCUGUUUGGGUCUUUUAUAUGCCACUGGCAAUAGAUUCAUUCGUCUCACCAAAGCACCUCCAGCUGGAUUCAAAUGCGCCCCAAUGCCUGUUAAUUUAGCCACCGCCAGAAUUGUCAAAGUGGAGCUGCGCAAGAAGGCCAAGCGUGAUAGAUUGGCAGCGAAGAAGGCUAAAAAGGAGGCUAAGAAGGCCAAGAAGGCCGCCAAGAAGGAAAAAGGAAAGGGCGGCAAAGGCGGCAAAGACGAUCUCAAGCCGAAGGUCAUAAGAACCUAUGAAGACGCAGAAAAAGCAUAAAAAUUGUUAUUAUAGUUUAG